AUGACGAGAGGUGGUGGUUCUAGUAGUAGUGUUCAAGCUAUUGAUACUCUUGAUCCAUAUUAUGUUCAUCCAUCAGAAAACUCAGGGACUGUGUGUGUGACACCAGUGCUAUCGGGAGAAAAUUACCAUACUUGGUCUAUGAAAAUGAAGAGAGCAUUAGCGAUGAAGAACAAGUAUCAAUUUGUUGAUGGAUCCAUAGAAGUUCCAGAUGUUAACGAUCUCAACUUCAGAGCAUGGCAAAGAUGCAAUAAUCUGGUACAUACUUGGAUUAUCAAUUCUAUCAAUCCAUCAAUUGCACAAAGUGUUGUGUUCAUUGAUAAUGCAAUUGACAUGUGGAAUGAUCUCAAAGAUAGGUUUAUGAGAGGUGAUAGAAUUCGUGUUGCUCAGUUGUACCAAGAAAUUUCAAAUCUGAAACAAGGAACAAACAAAGUUUCAGAUUAUUUUACUGCAUUGAGAAGUCUAUGGGAAGAAUUUGACCAAUACAGACCUAUGCCUAACUGUACCUGCAAAGUAGCUUGCACAUGCCUAGCUAUGAGGGAUAGUCGAGCUUAUAGAGCUGAAGACAGAAUCAUUCAAUUCCUGAUUGGGUUGAAUGAAGAGUAUCAUGGAGUAGUUUCUCAGGUUUUGCUAAUGGAUCCCUUACCUCAGAUAAACAAAGUUUUUUCAAUGGUGAUGCAGCAAGAAAGAAAGAUAUGUGGAGGUGUCUGCAUUGGAAAUAAUUCUGUUGAUGACAAUUCAGGCAUGGUGAAUGCAGCAGAAUCCAAUAAGCAGAUAGGCAAUGGAAGAGGUAGAGGGAGUUUCAAUGGAGGUGGCCAAAGAGGAGGUCAUGGAUCAGGAAGAGGAAGAGGAAAUGUUAAAGUCUGUACCUAUUGUGGUAAAACAGGUCACAUCAUUGAUAGUUGCUAUAAAAAGCAUGGAUAUCCACCAAGCUUUGGAAGAGGAAGUGGGAGCAACUCCUAUGCAAAUCAAGUAGCUUUAGAAGAACCAACUACCAAGUGCACUACUGAAGCUUCUACAAGUGACAGCAUGACUCUAACUAAAGAGCAAUAUCAGAACCUGAUGAAUUUGCUUGAGAGGAGCGCCAGCUCUGUCAACUUAACAAAAGGAGGUAACUCUUUUCUUGCUAAUUUUAGAUGCAGUAGUAAGUCCAAUUGGAUUAUGGAUACUGGGGCCACACACCAUAUUUGUCAGGAUCUCAAUUGGUUUGUGAAGUAUGGUGAUAUUAAACCUUUAAUUGUUAACCUACCAAAUGGAAGUUCCAUAACUUCAAAAGUGUGUGGUAGUGUGAAACUGUUCAGCCAGCUUAUCAUAGAAAAUGUCCUUUACUUGCCUCAAUUUGAGUAA